UCGCUACGAGGGUAUAAGACAGCGAGGUGCCCGUUGUUGUGUUUACAAUAAUAUUACAGCGAAAAAGGGAGACUAUGAGACAGCGCAGCUGCUCCAUUCAACCACAUGGUUCCUCUACCGCACAGACAAGUUGCUCUACAGACAGACAGAUUCAUAUUAGGCGCUUGCACUGCUGUUGCUCACAACACCGCGUUUUCAACGUUGCAGAACGAGUUUUCAGCCCUACUGGCAGUUGAAAAUUGCUGUUAAAUUGUUUGUGGAUUAUUAUUUUUUUCUGUGGAGGGCACUGGUAAAAGUCAAGAGACAAGGAGUCUGAAAACGGGUUGAGGUUUUACGAACAGUCUUGUUUGAACUUUUCAGCCCUCUUUGCCAGCAGUGAUCUGAGUUUAAGGCGAAUGUAAUAAGUAACAACGAGGGUAUAUUUUAAAAGCACUCGAACUUUGCUAAAGCACUGCCCUGAGCAGUAUUCACCAGACUGUUAGAGGAAAGGAUGGUGCAGCACAUGAGCCAGACAGAGAGCGCCCACGCUCAUUCCCCAGGCGGGGACUCCACGGACACGGGAGAAAUAGAUUCGGAGAUGGACGCGUCUCCAGCACCCGAGUCCCCCUCCGAGCGGAGCGACUUGGCCUGGUGCAAAACUCCAACAGGGCACAUCAAGAGGCCAAUGAACGCAUUCAUGGUUUGGUCACAGAUCGAGAGGAGGAAGAUUAUGGAGCAGUCGCCGGACAUGCACAAUGCAGAGAUCUCCAAGAGGCUGGGGAAGCGCUGGAAGCUGCUGAAAGACACAGACAAGAUCCCGUUCAUUCGCGAAGCGGAGCGGCUCAGACUCAAACACAUGGCCGACUACCCAGACUACAAGUACCGUCCUAAGAAAAAAGUGAAGUCAGGAAGCGGAGCGAGUAAGCAGGCGGACCGCGGGGAGAAGUGCUUGGAGCGUAGCGCGAAAGCAAGCGUGAAAAGAAGCCCCGCAUCCAAGGGAGGGAGCAGGUCAAACAAGCAGGGUGGCAUGAAGAGUGCUUCGGAGCAGGAUUACGUGUCUCCCUGUGACCACCAGGCGCUCUUCAAAUUCAGGACAGCGUCUGCAGCUCGGCAGAUCCCAGAGAAACGCACUGGUGAGGCGAGGCGCGGUCACUUGUUCGGCGGGGCAGGCAGCCUGGAUAGCGGGCCUCCCUCCGUGGGAGUCCCAGCCAGCCCAACUUUUAGCAGCUCGGCGGAGUCCAGCGACCCGCUAAGCCUAUACGAAGAGCAGAGUUCAGCUGCCAGCGAGUCGUCACACACUGCGCGCCUCAGGUAUGCCCGAGCCUCUUCUCCAACACCGUCAGCCUCGCACUCUUCCUCAUCUGUGUCACCCUCAUCAUCAGAUGAAGAGUUUGAAGAAGAGCGGGUUGACCUGAACACGAACACCGGGUAUGAGAGUAUGUACCUGGGCAGCAUGGGCUUCUCUGACACAGAGCUGGACAGGGACCUGGACUGGAGUUUCGGGGAGUGCGGUGCGGGAUCUCACUUCGACUUCCCCGACUACUGUACACCAGAGGUCAGUGAAAUGAUCUCAGGAGACUGGCUAGAGUCCACCAUCUCCAACUUGGUGUUUACCUACUAAAUAGGAGAUGAAACGUAACGUCCCCUAUUGAUUGGAACUUUGAACCUCCUUGUUCGACGUGUGCGUCCAAACCACAAUGUUUACCCAAUUCUUUCAAUACUCAAGGGAGAGUGAAAACAGGAAAGAAAGGUGGUCUGCGUGCGCGUUUAUGUCCAGGUACGCGCUGCUGACAGACUUGGACAGCGCUUGGUGAGCUUGACUGGAACGCGCAAGGAAAUGCUUAGUUUGCAUAUGGACACAGGAGUGAAUGUAAGCAGAGAGCAGUGAAACACAGAGUUCAGCUAAGAAAUGGGAUAACUGAGACUGAAAUGUUAAUCUAAAUGCUUUUUUGGAGGGCGGGGGCAUUUAUUGAAGUGUUGGGUAUUGUUCAAGGUAUGAAAAAACAUUGAACAAAGGUCGCUAUUCAGGUUUAUUUAUUUUUUCUUCCAACCUCUAAAUAGUUAUCAAUCGAUAUUCGAAUUAUCGAUGUCAACACGCAUGCCCUCCAAGAUGAGGAGGAUAUUGUUGCUCGUAAACACGUAAAAUGUUAAUGAUGCGUAAUUAUGCAAUUUGUGUAAUUACGCAAUUUGUGUAACCAUAGCACACAAUUCACUAUCACCAGCUUCUCUUUCAACGGCAGGACUUAAAACAGAGACUGACUUAAAACUUCAGAAACUCCUUCUGAACCUUUUAAAAAAAACUCAAUGCACAAUUCAGGACAAAUGAUUCCCGACAUGCGUCUUUCUGCAUAUAGUUCUAACUUUGUAGUUCCUCUGUGUCAAAUGUCGUUUUUUAUAUUGAUGUAUUUAUACCGGCCAAAUGUUUUUAUACAUAGAAGUAUUGUCAUUGUACAGGUCUCGUUUGUGUUAUGUACAAGUACACCUGUAACCAGCGCGGAAGGGCUAGAAGUGUAUCUUAUUCAAGGUGUCUAACGUUUCUCACUUUUAAGGAGAUUUGAGUGUGUCAUGCUUUUCUACUUGUAUUUUUGUAUAAAAUUUAUAGAAAGGGGGUUUCUGGAGAGUGAGAAGCCUAAAAAAAUGUUGACAUACAAUGGACAUAGACUUGCGAGGGGUGGGGGGUGGGUGGCACAAUCUGACCUCACACAGUGUUUACAAUAUUACCCACAUGCUUCUUAAUGGCAGUGUGAUUCAGUGAUUUUAGUUUCACCAGCACCACCGAGGCUCCCAGUUUGAGUGUUUAUUUCCAGUAAACAUGUACCAAACUAAGGUAUAGGCUAUGAGUGUAAGAUUCCAGAGUCACUGUUGGGAUAGAGUUAAUACCUCUAUGUGCUUUUAAAAAAUAAAUAAAGAUAAGUUUUAUUUUAACCACUGGAUUGAAUUUCAAACUCAUUCCACUUUGCCUAGACUUUGUAGGGAGGGAGGUGUAUGAAGUGCUUCUGUUAUUGCGCAAACUGCAUCAAAACAUAGUAUUUAACCUUUCUGUACCUGUUUGCUAAGUAUAGCAGGCUAAUUGUUUUCCUAUAUUAUGGCAUGGCAAAUAGCAUUUGUAUUUCAGAUUCAGGUAUAUGUAGCUAAAGCUGUUGUGUUUAAGAUUUUUAAAAGAAUAAUUACAUGAAGAUAUUUAUGUAAACUGACUGUACAAUAAGCAAAGAUUGUGUGUUUUAUGUAUGAUGAUGAUAAACGACAGGCACUAGGACAGCCAUCUUUGGAUAUCCUUUUGUUUAAGAAGAUUGUGGUCCAGGAGUUUGUUUAUUCUUUUUUACCUUAAAGAUGUCUUAUCUGUCAUCGAUUUUUCUUUUUCAUUUGUGCAAUAUGCUGUGUAUGAUCAUGUGUGUCUAAUCAUGCCAAUAUCAUGUAAUGUUUCUAGCUCAAAACCAGCCAAUGUUUGGGUCAAUCACUGCCUCUCAGACCUCUGUACAGAUUGUGUUUUUUUUAUUUGCUAUUCUUUUCUUCUAAGAAGGAAAUAAAAUCAGCUGGAACUGAAAAGAA